ACUUGAAUCACAAACCAGGCUUCUCCGUGAAUUUUUUCUCAUGCGUAACCAGAACUGAGUUUUCACCAAGAUGAGCGAAACACCUUCCACCAGUUUCUCUCUGAUUCCUCCCACUUCUUCAGAAGGUCGAGUUGCCUCCUCUCGUCAUUUGAGCGUCGCUCAACCCGUGGUGGCCAAACGGAUCAGCUUCUAUAAGAGUGGAGACCCCCAGUUCGGCGGGGUCAAGGUCGUGCUCAAUCCUCGGACCUUCAAGACAUUGGACGCUCUGCUGGAUAACCUGUCCAGGAAGGUGCCCCUGCCCUUUGGGGUGCGGAACAUCAGCACCCCGCGCGGCGGGCACAGCAUCACGCGCCUGGAGGAGCUGCAGGACGGCCACUCGUACCUGUGCUCGCACGGGCAGCGCGUGCGGCCCGUGGAUCUGGAGCGCGCCCGCCGGCCGCCGCGCCCUUGGCACAGCAGCCGGGCCCUGGGCCCCACCGCGCGCCGCCGCCCGCCGGCCGCCCCGCCCGCUUGGUCGCGCAGCCUGCGGAAGCUGUCUGUCUUCAAGAACGGGGACCCACGCUCGGGGUGUGUGGUGUUGGUGAGUCCGAGAGCCCCCCACACCUUCGAGGACUUCCUGCAGCACCUGGCCGAGGUCCUGCCAUACCCCGUGGUGAAGCUGUACUCCACGGAUGGGAGGAAGAUUCCCAACCUCCAAGCCAUGAUCCUGAACCCUGGAGCCAUUGUGGUGGCAGGAAAGGAGCCAUUUAAACCAGGAAAUUAUGACAUCCGAAAGUGCUUCUUCCCUGCUAGGCUACCGGUGAUUGCUCAGCGCAUACACUCCAAAGAAAAUGCUAAGUCAGAAAGCAGAAAGAUGAGCAUGCAUGUACCUUCAAGCCCAAGGUCUCAAAUAUAUUCUGUUUCUUCUCAAAAACCGGAAAAUAAUAAUAAUGAUUGCUACUCAGACUGUUCUUUUACUUCUGAGAAUUGCUUGUCCUUAGAAAAAAAGGAUUCUCAAAAUUUAUUGAUACAUCCAUCUGAAGAUGAUAUUGAGAAAUCAGUUAUUUUUAAUCAAGAUGGUACCAUGACAGUUGAGAUGAAAGUUCGCUUCAAGAUAAAAGAAAAGGAAACCAUCAAAUGGACAACCACUGUCAGUAGAACUGAUCUUUCUAAUAAUGAUAAAAAGCAUGAGGUAAGCAGUUUUCCAGGAAGAACAGGUGGACAGUCACCGGGUUUGAAAUUGGCAGCAUUGUCUGCAGAAAUCUUGCCUAUGAUGGAAAACAAUAAUCGAGAGAGCAGCUUGCUAGAGGAGGGAAACACCCAAAUGCCAGAUCAAAGGGUGGGAACGUGCAGUUCUGCUAGUUGGGAGAUUGCUGCUAUGGACACAGAUGUCAUCCAGGUAACUCAAGAUCAAGAGCAUAACCAUCACUAUAGACCCCCGACACCUGGGCCAAGGAGAGCGAGACAAAAGAAAUCCAUGAUAGGGAGUGUGACCUUAGUAUCUGAAACCGAAAUUCAAGAGAAAAUGAUUAGACAGUUUUCCUACAGUGAAGAAACAGAAGACGAGGAGAACAAAUCUGAGUAUCACGUAUUCGCACGUUCUAGCAGUAAAAUGUCAUCAUUAUCCAACAAACCCGUUCUCGUUCAGAUCAAUAAUGACCAGCAGAUGGAGUCGUCCUUUAAAAAGAAGAAAGAAAGCAAGUUACUCCAGUCUAGUGCUGUAAGGACCGGGGUUAUAGAAAUUACAAGUCAAAAGAUGUUAGAGAGGUCUCAUAAUGGCUUGCCACAGACUGCUUCAGAAAACUCAACUGUGGAGGACGAUGUAAUUGGUAAUGUAAUAUUAGACAACAAAACUAGUAGCAAGAUCUUCAGACCUUGUGGUAACCCCAAUACUAGGGUUCGUCCUCUCUCGGGAGAUACAACUCACCUUUCAGGUAAUAAUUCUAUAACUGAUAAAAUGAUUUCAGAACUUUCAGCUCCCAUAAGAUCAUCAAAUGUUACCACACGAAUUGACAAACUAAUUAAUGAAUUUUCUCAGUGUGGUUUAACAAAACUUCCAGAUAAUGAAAAGCUGAUUUCAUCCUCUAUUGCAAGUAAAAAGAAGAAGAAAUUUCAGCAGCAACCGACCGAUACAAGACCUCAGGAUGGGGAGAUUGUGAACAAAGGAUUCCCCAGGAGGAGGGAGAGAGUGCACACAGAAAGCAAAACUGCCCAGGAAGCCAUAUUGCCAGAUUCACACUCUCCCUCGAAAGAAGGGAUGCUUUGUAAGAAAGACCUUUAUGCAAGUAGCAUAGUAAUUGAAUCAAAUGAUCUCUGUUCCAAAAAUAAUCUAAAUUCCGCAAUUUCCAAGAAUUUCCAUAGAAAUAAAUUGAAAACUAUUAAAAAUCAUAAGGUUCCAGAACCUUCAGCCCAAGAAAAAAAAUCGAGAACACUAAAGAAAGUGAGCCCAGGAAGAUCUACAAAAAGGGAAAUUGUUCAAAGAGAUAACGUAUUUCCCCAGAGUGAAUUGAGUCAUCUCAAAAAUACUUCGGAAAGUCCAAGUUCAUUUCAUGCCUUUAACUUCCUUGAGGAAACACCCAGAACUUUUUGUGGACUAAAAUCUCGGGCAGAAGUGGCAUCUGGGUACUGGAGAGGAAUGAUGAAGAAGAGUUUAGUUUCAAAGAUUAAUCAUUCACACAUAACUUUUAAAAAACAGAAAAAACAAGGAGAAAAGUUGAAACUGGGCAUUUCUGGAAGUAAACAACAUGCGCUAACUAGGGAAGAUUCCUUAGCUUCUCUGAAAAAAGCUGAUUUUCCUGAGGCGAUUGCCCAUCAUUCAGUUCAGAAUUACAUACAGAGAUGGCUGCAGAAUGUGCACCUCUUUCCACCUGUACAACCUCAAAAAUCAGCUCCAAGAUGCACAGGUGAAAGGGAUGUGAUAAGUUGUAACAAUAAUGGUUUUCCAGGAAACAAUAUCCAUACAAGUUCAAGAAAGGGAAAUAAUGUUCUUAUGGGAAGUAAUAGGCACAUAACUAAAGAUACCAUUUUGACUCGAGGUAAUUCUGGUAAAAAGGUGGGUAAAUCUCUUAUUGUGAAAGAUAAUGGUGAAGAACUUACCAAAGACCUCUAUGGGGACCAAGCCGGAUAUCUGAACGAUGCUUACUUGGUUUCCCUGCAGGAAUAUUGUACUUUAUCCCAGUUAGCAAUUGAGGAUCAUAAUAUUAAAAGUCAGGAAUCUGCUAACACAGGACAAGAGGUAAGCCUUGCUUGGCCCAAAAUUAGCCUUUCAGCAAAAGAGCAAAGUGUAGAGGUUGCUGUCCAAGUAGAUUUUAUGGGAGAAGACAUUCAAAAAGACCUUGGACCAGUGUUGUUGCUUCGCUACCUGCAAACUUCAAUCCCUGGUAUUCAGACGAUUCCGAAUGGAGUUGUUCAAACGGAAGGCUCACUUCCAGAGGCUCCCUUCCCUUCUCUUGAAAAACGUCACUCAUCCACUAAUCUUCUUCUGGCUUGGCUCCUGGUGCUCCACCUAAAGGGAAUGAUGAGUAGUUUCUGUCAAGGUGAUGACCACGCCCACAAAAGUACCUGCAGAUCUUCAGAACUGCUUGCUUUGUUGGAGAUUCUAAAGCGCAUCGCCGUCACAGAGGAAGCUGAUGACUUGCAGGCUGCUGUGGCCAAUUUAAUGGCCUCAAUCCCAGGUUGCUUUGGACUCAGUGAGAAGGAAAAAGAAAUGGCUCUGAUGGGUAUGUCUGCAAAUUGUUUCACAGUCCCAAUUCAGAAACUGCCCAAGUGCAUUGCAAAUGAGAAGCCACAGGAAAGCUCUUUGGAAGACUGCGUUUCAGAAGUGACUUAUUCUUCAGGUGAUAUGAGCACUAGGAGUCAGAUUUAUCUUCCAGAAGAGACCUGUAAUACCAGUGAAACUUUUUCUCAUCUUGAUGGUUCUGCCAUGGAUCAGACCCUCUCCAGGAAUAAAGUUUAUGCCCUAGAAGAGGUUUGCUCACUUACUGCGGCUGUGUCUUGUGCUCAAAAGGAGAACCAUAUUUAUGAGGCAGCUUGCCCAAUUGAAGACACCUGCAGCCCCAUCAAAAUGUGCAGUCGCAGUGACUGUUUAAAUUCCAGAAGCCAUGCACAUACUGAUAAAUUGGAAUUGAUUGAGGAAUUAGGAAGAGUUGAUGAAAUUGAAAAAGACCUCGAUAGGUUGGCAGACCCUGUGAAUAAAGAUAACUUUAAUAUGCGGGUGUCAUGGCAAAACAUGGGUCGUUUAAACCAGUGUGGCUGUUUACCAGAUGCAACAGAACCUAAAUUUGGUGCAGAACAGAAACAUGAUGCUCUAGCUCAUUUUGAGAGUUGUUCAUUAAAGUAUGAAAACGAGGAUAAAAAAGCAUAUACAUCGCCUGGUAAAGAAGAAUUAAGGACUUCUGAGGAAGCAGCCUCAAUAACUGACAGCAUGACAUCAAGUGAAAGAAACACGGCAGAAUUGGAGUCUUUUGAAGAAUUAGAAAACCAAAAAACUAGUAUCUCUCAUACAAACUUAAAUGCCGGACAGCAAGCUGCUGAAGAACCAAUCCCCGAAGAGUUGAAGACUCGUGCAAAUGUGGACAGGAUAGACGUCUCUCGCAGAAACCUUGCAGAAGGAAGAACAGGUGACGUACUCGGCGAGUCAAUCAGUAGACGUCUGGUAACACCACCACUUUUAGAUUGUUCCUGUGGCUCUAAGCAAAACACCGAAAAGGAGAUCAAUGAAGGAAAAAGAAACAUGAGAAUCAAAAUGAUGGGGAAAAUCAUGGAAACUGGUAGUUAUUCAGGGUCUUCUCUUGAUUAUAAACAGUGCUGUGACAGCCCACAAACUUCUCAUUUAUUACAGUGCAGACAAAACAGUGAGAGAGAACAGCCAUGUAAAACAUCCAGUGAUGUUUCCGAUGACAGGAGUGAAGCUAUUGUCCAGGGAAAAACACACAACACAGGGUUUGUUAAAAGGGCAAUAGAAAAACUUUACGGUAAAGCUGAAAUUACUAAACCAUCUCUUACAUUGGGUGCUACACGAAGAUCUCAGGUUUGCCCUCACAAUUCUGUGGAAUUUCAGUGUGCGAGGAGAGAGGGCCUACAUGAUUCUGAAGGUCAGUCAUUUGGUUCCUUUGACGAGAUAUCUAGGAGUUCACCUGUGAUGCAUGGAUUUCAGGAGGAAAUGAAAGAUAAAUGUGACUUUAAUGGUGUGAGGGCCAAUUAUAGUGGAGGAGCUAUUGUAGAAUAUAGUACAAAACAAAGUGAUCCUUCUAGAAUUCUUAGGAACAUAGAGGAAGGAGUGCUGAUUGACAAAGGCAAGUGGUUCCUUAAAGAAAAUCAUUUGCUAAGAGUGUCAUCCCCUGAACAUUCUGUCAUGUAUGUCAAUGCAGACACCACAUCAGUGGACACAUUGCUUGAUGAUAACAGUAAUGAGGUGCCAUAUUCACAUUUUGGAAAUUUGGCCCCAGGCCCAGCUAUGGCUGAAUUAUCCUCUUCAGAAGUGGAGGAACUUACUCAACCUCUUGAAUUGAAAUGCACCUAUUUUAAUAUGCCUCAUGGUAGCGACCCUGAGCCUUUUCAAGAGGAUAUGCCAGAUGUUCAGAAAGAAAGAUGCACCAUGGAAAGAAUACCUAAUCACCAUACAGAGGAGAAGGGUAAUCACCAGUCCAGAAUAUGCACAUCUGUCACUCAGACCUUUAAGUCAGCUGGUAACAAAGUCCAUCCUGUAUCUGAUGGUAAUAUGAAAAGGCAGUCAUUGGCUGACAAUAAUGUAACUUGUGGUGGUGCUCUUCAGGAAGGUGACUCUUUGGAUAAACUCUAUGCUGUUUGUGGUCAACACUGUCCAAUACUAACUGUUAUUAUUGAACCUAUACAUGAAGGAGGCCGAGGAUUUGCAUAUCGCAAAGAUUCUGAUAUUGAAAAUUCCUUGGAUUUCAAUUUGUGGAUGAAAAUAUAUCCAUAUUUACUACAGUCAAACAAAAACAUAGUCAAAGAGAUGAACACUAAUGCAAGCAGGAGAAAAAUAUUUAUAGAUAAUGCCAUUGACGAGGAAUUUGAUUGGUUUUAUUUCAAAAGCACACAUGAUUUGAUGGUUAAAAGAAGAGAGUUAAAAAGAAUGCACUUCUUGGGCUUAGGGAAGACAAAUAAUUUAAAGAAAUGUCCAUCAGAUGUAAAGAAAGGGUUUUAUGUAAAUUUCUUAUCCAUGUCAUUAAUUGUUGGUGAAGUGAGGUCAAAUACACAUGCUCCCAGCAAGAAGGCAAAUGAAAAAUUUAAAGCAGUUGAUGAGAAUAACAACUUAAUACACGACAGAUUCCAGGACUCUAGAACAAACUUGAACCAAGUAAUGAAAAAUAUGAACUAUCAUUUCUCCCUUGGAAUGCUUAGUGGAACCUGCCUAUUAGAUAUUUACCGAGUUAAGACAUCCUUGAAUACCAGCAACAAAAAUAUGCAAGAAAUGCUUCGCAUUUUUGCAGAUAAAAAUAUUUUCACUUGGGAAGAUGAAAACCUGUUAAAAAACUUUGAAAGCAUUAAUAAUCAAGAUUUACAAAUGGAACUAUCAGUAAAUCCAUCAAUUUUUUUUGGUAGCAUGAUGAAACAUAGGGAAUAA